AUGGAGUACUGUAGAGAAGUUUUCUACAACGAUAAUAGCAGCAAAAAAGGAGUUGAAAAAAUGAAUAGCAACGGUACUACUAACAUUGAAAAUAAUUGCAUAUUUGAUGAUUGUAAGAAUACUAAUGACAAAGAGGUCUGCGGAAUACGACAAGAUGGACCCGGAUAUAGAAUAAGAUUAUUCCGCAAUAUUUGCGAAUUGUCCAAAGAGAAUUGUAAAGAAAAUACAAAUUUCAUUCAAACGGAUCUAUUUAUUUGUAAAUCAGCAUUUAAUGAAAGUGAAACCACUGAAAGAAACGUAUUUAAUGUUAUUAAUAGAAACAUCGCUGAUCAAAUUAAUGCCAUAAAAAAUUUAGUUAUUAUCAAUGGAGCUAUGCUCGGGGAAAAUACUGAUAUAAAUGAUACCAUUGAUAAUUUCUUCGCCGCCACUCAUGUUUUCGAUUUACCAAUGAAAGAAAUGAAUCCCCUCAACACAAGGCGUAGGUUGAUAAAGAACGCGGGACCAAUUAAGAUAUUCGUACCUCUGAUUGAUAUACCGAAAGAAAAAAAGAAUGACACUUAUCACCAACCGACACUAUCGUCGUGCUAUCAUAAAUGCCCAACGAAAUGUCCGGAUACCUACGCUCCGGUUUGCGGUGUCCCCGGUAUUGUUGCCAGGGAACCGGCUCUCAUGUUCAAAAACCAUUGUUUUAUGGAUGUUGCGCAAUGCAAGAUGUUUUGGGAAAACAAGAGCAGUACGUCGCAUAGCUCGUCCUACAUAGAGUCGUCUUUCUUGUUUUGUAUGGGAGAUGAAAUGAACGCCCUGUACAGAUUUCUACCAGCAAUAAGAACCCUCCAGAGGAUGGGACGCUUGAAGAAGAAAGGGAAAUUCAGGGCUAAGCUAAAGAACUUCAGGUUCCUUAACGAGUUUCGUUCUGGUCGUCCUAAUUUUAUGGGAUAACA